AUGGUUGGAAAGGCUUUCCUGCUGGGCUUGGCCUACGCGGUUGCAACUUCGGCUCUCCCUUCGCCCCCGCUUGAAGAGCGUGAAGGUCAUGGAUCCUGUUCUACCAAUCGCAAGCCGCUAUCAUAUUGGCGUGAUACUUUCCUUGGAGAAGCUAUCCGGUCGAUUGAGGAAUGUUCCGAGGGACGCCAUUUCUGUCAUGAGAUCAUUGACGAGACAUGCGAGGUUGUCAUCGAGACUAAGACGGUGACCCCUGCGCCAACCACUGUCAAGAUUACCAAGACAAUCACCGAACAUCCGACAGUGACACAGACAAGGACCGAGUGGUCUACCUCUACAAUUAUUCGUGAUCCAAUCAGCACCGAGACACAUUGGACACGUUCGACUUUGACUCAUAUCCUGCCUUUGACUAUCACAGAUGUCAUCACCCUGACAGUCGAUGAUAUCUCGACUGUCACUAUAACUGAUUCCGACUAUGAAACUAUCACUGUACCGGUGACUGGGUUCAUUACAAAUACCGUCACUGACACAACUACUGAUUAUACUGCUGCUACAAUCACUGAGUUGUUUACGGAGACCACUACCGAAACAUCCACAAACUUCAUUACCGACUACCUCACUGUUGCUGACACCUCUACUAUCACUGAAUAUACUACCAUCACCGGCAGCUCUACCAUUACAGAGAUUUCAACUGCAACAAUUACUACUGUUAACACUGAUGGAGUCACUGUAACUACCACUGUGCCAAGGACUCAUCUUGUUAUUUACCUGGACGAAGUUUACAAGCGUGGUUUACGGGAAACUCCUUCGGCUCUGAGAGACAUUCAAGCAACUCAUCUUACAAGCGCAUGCUCUGUCUUAGUCUAUGAUACUUGGAUGGCAACUGAAUACACCACAGAAACAGCCGCUCAAGCUACAUCUACCAAAACUUUAACGACCCACACCGCAGUACCUCAGACUGUUCAUGUUACCAAACAUGAAACUGAGUUUGUUACCAAGACUGAACCAACGGUCGUGACAACAACCAAGACCCGUACAAUCGCCGCCGAUGUCACAAGUACAGUGACAAUUAGCGAAACAUCAACUGUCACUUCUUCGUCCACCACAACAGCCACCGAAAUUAUCACAGUGAUAGUAACAUUGGAGAGUCCGACUACCGAAACCGACGUUGUCACAGCGAUAGUGACGACGGAAGAGACGACCUCGACUGAUACUUUGGAUAUAACUGCCUAUGUGACCGCUUCCACCACUACAGAUGACGUCGUAGACGUUACCACCACUUCAACGGACGAUAUCACAACCCUUUACACUGCCGACGUUACUGCUACUGAGACGUCAUCAUUGACAACCACUGAAACCUUGACGAUUACUGUUGAAACGACUCAAACAGCAACAGUUUACUCAACUACAUCAAUCACUACCACCUCAACCUAUGUUGACUCAGGAUAUGGCUAUUAA